CCCACAUUUCCGCCACGAUUCGUAUCUUCCUUGAAGGAUCUCGUUGUUAAAAGAUCCAUGAUUAUUCCAUUUUCUCCGGCGAGGUUUGUGCCAUCGGCUUCUCCUGCUGUCGGCUCCAGUACUCCGUAGUUCCCACGGAUCCCCUUCCAUAUUAUUAUUUUUCAAUUCCAACUUGUUUAUUAGGGCACUUUUCCCCGCCGUCUCCGGCUUUGUUUGCACUUAUCAUCUCUUUGUCUCAUCCGGCUUGGGAUAUCUCGGCAGAUUGGCGGAAAUUGACAGGUGCUUAGGGUAAACAGCAGAUCGGUAUACCCUCGCCUGCUUAACUCUUUGGAUUCUUCAGCCUUCCUCGUGUCUCUCUUUUCUUCUCUUAUAUUUAGGGUGGUCUAUAGCGCCGUAGACCCCCCAAAUCAACCCAAAUCGCAGUCGCACAUUCGCGAGACAAGCCAAUAGUCCAGGAUGCACACAAGGUGAAGGGCUUGCAAGUCGAUUUUCAAGAAGCCAUAUCACACAGGAAUCUCGGAGGAUGUACAUUGGGAGUCUGGUGUUUGCGCUAUGGUCAGCUUGGUUAUUAGGUUUGGCCUUCGCUGCCCCUUCCAGCACUCCUGCCGAUGACCCUUUUCAGACCAAAUCCCAGUCCCUAGACAACCGGUCGUCCGAUUUUGAGUCCGAAAGCGAGCAUGGAAACAAGACCGAACCCGAUCUGGGACCGGAAUACAAGUAUUUCAAUGAACCAGGCAUGCAGGAGUACUUGGGCCAUUAUGAUGCGCGUUUUUUCAAGGGUGUUGUUUCAGACGAUGAGCGCUCUGAGUCGCUGACGCAUAUGAUGAGAGCGUAUCUGAAUUUCUUCAAUGAGGCGGGAUUGGACACUUGGAUUGCGCAUGGGACGUUGCUGGGGUGGUGGUGGAACGGGAAGAUUCUCCCCUGGGACUGGGACAUCGAUACUCAGGUCCCCGUCACCACUUUGACGUACAUGGCCACUCACUUCAACCAAUCCAUUGUCGAUUACACUUCGUUCGACCGCACGGUGAAACGGAAAUACCUUCUUGAUGUCAACCCGUGGGCUCUGCAGAGUGAUCGCGGCAUCGGUUUGAACGUCAUCGACGCGCGCUGGAUUGACACCCAUAACGGUCUCUACAUCGACAUCACAGGUCUCAGGAAGCUGUAUCCAGACACGGAUCCGGAUGUCUGGGAGUGUAAAAACUUCCAUAAGUACAAAACGAAAGAACUAUAUCCUUUGCGCACGACGGUCUUCGAAGGUGUUCCGGCCAAAGUACCGUUCAAGUACAGUUCGAUUUUGAUGGAUGAAUACUCUAUUCGGGCUUUGACAGCAACGAAAUUCAACAACCAUACCUAUGACCCCCAGUUGCAUGAAUGGGUCAUGGAUAAAGACCUUGAGAGUCAACAGUAAAAAGAGUCACAUCAGGGUUUCCCAUUAGCCCAUAUGUGAUUAUUGACGGCUGACAGCAUACUGUAAAUAGACGCAUGAAUUAAUUCUGUACAAAGUGAUAAAUACUGUGUUGAAGCAGC